UACCACAUUGCAACUUAGCUAAAUUAGCCAACGAACAUUAGCCACGGUUGUUUGCUAGCUAUUCGACGUUUUGUUAAAAUAGCAUGGACUCCCUUUUCUUUGGGUGCUGCACGGGACCGAUAGCUAAUUUGCUAGCUAGCUGCCUAACUUAACUACAUUUUCACAUUGUACGGAUAUCCGUUGUUUAAUACUAUAUCUCAACCAUCCCCUCCCCGAAAGCUCUUUCCACCCUUCGCCUGAUCUCUCCCUGCGCGGGCCAGGUGGAGCUCCCCUCGACCGUAGGAAUGCCGAGCGGGGUGGAGUACGGCGAGUUAGGGGGGAGCCUCCCCGCCAUCGCCUCCCUCAACGCCUCCUACUCGCAGAUCUCCCAGUCCCCCUACUCCCCGUACGCCCCCCUGGGGGAGCGCAAGGCCAUCUCCGACGUGCGCCGGACCUUCUGCCUCUUCGUGACCUUCGACCUGCUCUUCAUCUCCCUUCUGUGGAUCAUCGAACUUAACAUCUCGAAUGCUGGGAUCUGGGAUAACCUGGAGAAAGAGGUGGUCCAGUACAAAUUUGACUCAUCCUUCUUUGACAUCUUCCUCCUAGCGGCGUUCCGCUUCUUAUGCCUGCAGCUAGGCUACGCUGCCCUCCGCCUCAGGCACUGGUGGGUCAUCGCGAUCACAACUCUGGUGACCAGUGCGUUCCUUGUUGCUAAAGUCAUCAUCUCCAAUCAGCUCCUCUCCAAGAAUGCCUUUGGCUACGUGUUGCCCAUCACCUCCUUUGUGGUGGCCUGGCUGGAGACCUGGUUCCUGGACUUCAAAGUGCUCACCCAGGAGGCUGAGGAUGAGAGGGCGUACCUGGCAGCCCAGUGCGUGUCAACUGAGCGAGGGCCCAUGCUGUACCCACGCGCCGUUUCUGACGGACAGUUCUACUCCCCACCCGAGUCCAUGGCAGGUUCAGAUGAGGAGCUGGACGAGGAGGGACUGGGCCGCAGAGCGGUCACUGCUCAGGAGAAGGAGUUUGUGCGUCAAGGCCGGGAGGCCAUGUCCGUGGUGGAGCAGAUACUGGCUCAGGAGGAGAACUGGAAGUUUGAGAAGAACAACGAGCUGGGUGAUUCCGUUUACACCCUCGAGAUCCCUUUCCACGGCAAGACCUUCAUCCUCAAGGCAUUCAUGCAGUGCCCAGCUGAGCUUGUGUACCAAGAGGUCAUUCUGCAGCCUGAGAAGAUGGUCCAAUGGAACAGAACUGUCUCGGGUUGCCAGAUACUGCAGCGCGUGGACGACAACACGCUGGUUUCGUACGACGUUUCAUCGGGAGCUGCAGGUGGUGUGGUUUCGCCCAGGGACUUUGUGAACGUGAGGCGGGUAGAGCGCCGGAGGGACUACUACAUUUCGGCGGGGAUGGCCACCAGCCACGACGCCAAGCCCCCGAUCAGCCGCUGCGUCAGAGGAGAGAACGGUCCAGGAGGGUUUGUGGUCCUGAAGUCCAACAGUAACCCAUCCGUGUGCACCUUCCUCUGGGUCCUCAACACGGAUCUCAAGGGCCGACUACCACGCUACCUCAUCCACCAGAGCCUGGCGGCCACCAUGUUUGAGUUUGUCUUCCACUUGCGCCAGAGGAUCGGUGACCUGCCCUCAGCUCAUCGGUAGAGGGCGGGCCCCCUUGGCUCACAGCACACAAUGCCCCCCUGUGGAUAGGAGGAGAACUACAAUGCCUGGAACAUCUCUGCGGUUACAUAAGAAGUGCUAGGGACCUUAAACUCAAUCUCACCCCCCCCCAACAGAUUAAGCUGGACUUUUAUCUGUCAGUCUAUACACGAGUAAUUGAAAUCUCAAAUCGAAGGAUGAAUCCAGCGAGCUUCUGAGGGGCUCGUUUUUGCACACACACACGGUUCUAGUAGCCUGUGCCAUAUUAGUUUUUUCUCGUUGUCGACACUUCAUUCGGUGAGAAGGACGGACUUCUCCUCUCUGAGAUGAGCCUUUCCGUGUGUACAAAGCUUACGCACAAGACGUUCGCCAGCCCUGGACGCGGACUGAGUGAUGUUGGGUAUGAUGGCCAAUACCGGGUCAGACUAGACUGAAUGCCAGUCGAUUGUUUAGUUUGCUGUGCAGCAAAGUGCAAAUAAUGAAGCCUUCACCAGCAUCGAGCUUGUUUUAACCCUGCAUGUUAAUGAGCUACUGGCAGCCAUUUUCUAUUGUCUUAACACGGCCUGCCUGCACGUCUGGCUGCUUGCCUCCAUCACUGACCGUUGCUAUGCAUGAACAGUAGACUACACUAAUCCAUGCAACCCCCACCCCCCCCAGCUCACUGAGAUCGAGUUGGCACAAGUGGGGGAGGAGCCUUAAUCUGUGAACGGACACCAGGAAAUCGGUGUGUAGUUUUUUGUUUUUUUUACCAAUAUCAUUUUGCUUUUAUUACUUUAUUUUUGCCAAAAUUGUGUGUUGCAUUGCUUAAUCUUUUUGUAUGUUUGUUAUAUUUUUACAAUGAUUUGGGUCACUUUGAAUAAUGCACAUAGCUCUCACGGGGCAAUGCAGUAUAAGGCACAUUUUGUUUUCUUUUGCAUCGUACUUUAUUUGAGUCCAUGUCAACCCCGUCAGGUUUUAAAGGGCCUAAAAUAAAAUGAGUAAUAAAAUUCUGUCUGAUUAA